AUGGCUUCUAAUGAAAAUUCAAGCUUAAUAUCUAAAUUUAUGAGCUAUUGGAAUUCAUUUCAGAGUCACUAUGCUCCUAUACAAACUCGUACUCGUAGCACGACUCAUCAUUACACUAAUAAUUUCUCUCGAAUACGGAGGACUCUGCUUGAUACAACUGCAAAGUUUAAUAAUCGAGAUGAUAAAGCAUUUGAGGAAAUUAAAAGAUACGAAGAUUUUACGACAAUUGAUUGGGUUCAAGAUGCUAUCUAUGAACGAUCGAGAAUGAAUGCAUUACGAAGUGCCGCAAUAGAAAAUAGGUUUUCAUGGAAUACUUGGUUUCGUCUUUCUUACGAAUCAAGUCAAGCUUGGAUCGUUGUGUCAAUAGUUGGUGCAAUUAUCGGGUUUAAUGCGGCAUUAACUGACAUUAUCACAGAAUGGCUUUCAGAUUUAAAAUUUGGUUAUUGCAAGAAUUCUUGGUGGUUAAAUCAAAAGUUUUGUUGUUGGGAGAUUGAGAAGCCAGAUGGUUCAUGUGAUAAUUGGCAAAAUUGGACAAACAUCUAUAUUAUAAAUUGGUUCUUUUAUGUAUUAGUCUCGGCGCUUUUUGCAGCUAUUUGCGCUUAUCUGAUACGCGUUUUAGCUCCUUAUGGGGCAGGUUCUGGUAUUUCUGAAAUAAAAUGUAUUUUAGCUGGGUUCAUCAUGAAAGGAUUUUUGGGUGGUCGUACUUUACUGCUGAAAAGUGUGAGCUUGCCUUUGGCAAUUGGGUCAGGACUAAGUAUCGGAAAAGAAGGUCCCGCGGUGCAUACUGCCGCUUGUGUUGGAAAUGUUGUUUCAAAAAUGUUUGGAAAAUAUACCAGAAACAAAGCCAAAAUGCGUGAAAUUUUGUCCGCCUCGUGCGCGGCUGGUGUUGCUGUCGCUUUUGGUUCUCCGAUUGGUGGUGUCUUGUUUUCAUUCGAAGAAAUGAGCUCAAAUUUUCCUAUGAAAACUAUGUGGCGUAGCUUUUUUUGUGCUUUAGUAGCAACUGCUGUUUUACAGGCCAUGAAUCCUUUUAGAACUGGAAAACUUGUCAUGUUUCAAGUCACUUUUGAUAGAGAAUGGCAUUAUUUUGAAAUUUUCUUUUUUGCAAUAUUGGGUGCAUUUGGAGUUCAAUAUUUUAGGAAAAAGUACUUAAAAGAUUAUGCAGUGACUGAAGCAGUUAUACUUGCUGUAAUUACAGCAAUAUUCGGUUAUCUUAAUAUAUUUAUGAAAUUAGACAUGACUGAAGCUUUGGGAAUCCUUUUUGAGGAAUGUGAAGGGAAGAAACAUUAUGAUUAUGAAGGUCUUUGCAAAAACUCGGAUUUUUCGAAAGGAUCAGAAAUUGUUAGAAUGAUGGUACUAUUAUUGAUAGCAACCAUUCUUCGAACUUUUUUCAUUAUAAUAUCUUAUGGAGCAAAAGUUCCUGCCGGAAUAUUUAUCCCUUCAAUGGCCGUAGGUGCUACUUUUGGAAGAUUUUUUGGUCUUUUAUUGAAAUCCCUUCACGCCGCAUAUCCUACAUUUCCAAUGUUUACAUAUUGUAAACCGGAUGUACCAUGCGUAACACCUGGAAUGUAUGCAUUUUUGGGUGCUGCUGCUGCUUUAAGCGGUGUUAUGCAACUUACAGUAUCUGCUGUUAUGAGAAAGGAUAUAACUGUAAUGACUGCUUCAGGCUUGAGAUUGGAUGAAAUUGAUCAAAUUUUGCUGGAAACAAAUUACCAAGGAUUUCCUGUCGUACAAGAUAAGAAGAAUAUGAUGUUAUUGGGAUAUAUUGGUCGUAUAGAAUUAAAAUAUGCCAUAGACAAAGCAAAGAGAGUCCGAGGAGCAUCAAAUAGUGCACAUUGUUUUUUCAAUCCUGAAGAUACUAAAUAUAUUGAUAGCAGUGGUAGUGGUGAAGGAUCGUCAAAUUUCAUCGAUUUUGCACCUUUCAUUGAUCAGACACCUAUCACGGUUCACCCACGAUUACCACUCGAAACAGUGAUGGAUUUAUUCAAAAAAAUGGGUCCACGUGUCAUUUUAAUAGAGCAUGUCGGUAAGUUAGUGGGUCUUGUAACAGUGAAAGAUGUGUUAAAAUACAUUGCUCAAAGGGAUGCUGAAGCGCAGAGCAAAGAUACUGAUCAUACAGAUUCUAGUGAUUUUAUUGAUGGAGAUGGAAGGAAUUUACGAAGAAAACGUAGUGUAAUUUCAUUAUCAGAAUUGGGAAAAAGGAAUGAGCGUAAUGAAUAG